AUGCCCUCCUCUAGAGCAAGGUUGUUCGAUGCCAUGAAUAUCUCCAUUUUCACCUCGGAGAUUGCAAAGAAAAGCAGUUCGAGCUUUAUUGGACCAGACUCAGAUGUCAAAUUUGGAUCAUUACAGGAGGAUAUCAAUAAAUUACAAAUUAGAGAAGCGGAGGAUUUAGAUGAACUUAUAUCACUGGCUUGGAGAUUAGAAAUGAAACGUUUAACUGACGAAGAGAUAAAGUUAUUCAAAAAGAUUGUUAGAAUCACCAGCAAGCUCUUCCAGUGGGAAGAAAAAAUUGAAGAGGAGGUAUCACCGCAACUUCUGGAAACUAUCAAUGUAUACCUAAGGGCAUUUUACGCUCACAUGGAUAGCGAAUGGCAAGCCUUAGACGAUAUCGAAGAAAAGGUUCCUUUUUACAAGUUUCCCCAAAACUUAUUGACCGGUAAGUUGUUUUCCAUUUUUGGAUUUGGCCUUCAACACAUUGAGGGCACUUUCAGAUCGUCAGCUCCAAAUACCGACGUCUAUAGCAAGUUAGACAAUGAUAAGUGUGUUGUUUCUUCAAGGAUAAUUACUUACUCAGGGUUGAGCUUCAACAACGUCAAAUUGAAAAAAUUCCACACAGAUCGCGAUUGUCAAUGUCUUCAAGUUCCCGUUGUGGAUUUUCCCAUUCAGUUGGAAUCGUCCUUUGUGAGUUACGUCAUCAACACGUACUUGGCCCCUUUGUUGAGAAUGUCCGGCUGGAUAUUCACACCUGAAGUAAAAUUGGAAACUGUGGAUGGUCAUUAUCUCAGGACAGAUCUCCAAAUCCAAUCGGGAGAUAAGAAAUCAUUUAUUGAGUAUAAAAUGGAACCCCUCAACGACUUUUACAAGGAUGGUAAAAAGUCCCCAUUCAGCGGUAAUGACCCAAGUUCUGGGUUGCAUGGUUGGAACUAA